AAAGAAAGAAAGAAAGAAAGAAAGAAAGAAAGAAAGAAAGAAAGAAAGAAAGAAAGAAAGAAAGAAAGAAAGAAAGAAAGAAAGAAAGAAAGAAAAACUUCAGUUUAAACGCUUUAAUAUUCUACAGGUUUAAAUGUCACGGGAGCGGACACAUUUUGGAAAGACUGGGAUUUAGAAUAACAUUUAGACAUAAUAACAUUUCGAACUGGGUCCUGUGUGCGGGGUCUCGUGAAGGAGACAGCGGUGAAUUAAAAGUGGAAUGUGUUGCUCUGAUUGGUCGCUCGGCUCCUGGCUAAACCCACUCUCUUUCAUCCAUAAAAGAAAGGCCAGGGAGCCUAUGGGAGCGCUCGGCUGUCUCGUCUUACGACAUGCACGAAAGUUGGCCACUUAAACUACUUCCAGCCAGCCAGCAGACAUUAUACUGAACCUAAACUACACCAAGGGAGAAGAAUAUCUGCGCUUUUUUUCCAACUCCGAUAACACAGCGUUAAGUGCAGCUCCUCCAUUUUGGAGAGUUCCCCGUUUAAAGGUUAAUUCGCUGCUGCGCGUGUUCUUGGUUUAUUUUGACACAUCCAUCGCGCGAGGGGACAGCUUUUAUUUGCCCCCGUUGGAAGACGGGUUGUCCAGAUUCUCCCUGGGAUUGGGAUUUCACAACAACAGAGCACCUUGUUGAGCGUUUCGAAGAAAUUCCGCUUUUUUGAUUUGGACUUUGUGAGAGCAGCGCGUUACAGUAGAGUCCGGUCCGGCGUCUGUCUGAGUAGCUGUAGGAUGGCUACUUUACCAGGAACAGUGCCUCGGAUGGUGCGCCCAGCGCCAGGCCAGAACUACCCACGAACCGGCUUCCCCCUGGAAGUAUCCACCCCUCUGGGCCAGGGUAGGGUGAACCAGCUUGGCGGUGUGUUCAUCAAUGGGAGGCCCCUGCCAAAUCACAUCCGACAUAAGAUAGUGGAGAUGGCCCACCACGGCAUCCGACCCUGCGUAAUCUCGCGACAACUGCGAGUUUCUCAUGGUUGUGUCUCCAAGAUCCUUUGCCGGUAUCAAGAGACUGGCUCGAUCCGUCCUGGAGCCAUUGGAGGCAGCAAGCCCAGGCAGGUGGCAACUCCUGACGUGGAGAAGCGCAUCGAGGAGUACAAGCGAGAAAACCCCGGUAUGUUCAGCUGGGAGAUCCGGGAUAAGCUGCUGAAGGACGGGGUGUGCGACAGAAGCACAGUUCCUUCAGGUGAGGCUUCAUCUGUGAGCUCCAUCAGCCGCGUUUUGAGGGCGCGAUUUGGCAAAAAAGAUGACGAGGAUGACUGUGAUAAGAAGGAUGAAGAUGGAGAAAAGAAAACAAAGCAUAGCAUCGACGGCAUCCUCGGUGAUAAAUUUAACCGCGCCGAUGAUGGUUCAGAUGUAGAAUCGGAGCCGGACUUGCCACUGAAGAGGAAGCAGAGGCGCAGUCGCACCACCUUUACCGCCGAGCAGCUGGAGGAGCUGGAGAAGGCGUUCGAAAGGACACAUUACCCCGACAUCUACACCAGAGAGGAACUGGCACAGAGGACGAAGCUAACGGAGGCGAGAGUACAGGUGUGGUUCAGCAACAGACGGGCUCGGUGGCGCAAACAGGCCGGCGCUAAUCAGCUAGCGGCCUUCAACCACCUGCUGCCAGGAGGCUUCCCACCGACAGGGAUGCCGACUCUACCCACGUACCAGCUCCCCGAGUCCAGCUACCCCAGCACCACACUAUCACAGGAGGGCAGCAGUACGUUGCACAGACCCCAGCCUCUGCCUCCGUCCUCCAUGCACCAGGGAGGCCUAAGUGCUGACAGCAGCUCUGCUUACGGCCUCUCAUCAAAUCGCCACAGCUUCUCCAGCUACUCUGACACUUUCAUGAGCCCUUCAGCAUCCAGCAACCACAUGAACCCGGUCGGCAACGGCCUCUCCCCGCAGGUGAUGAGUAUCCUGAGCAACCCCAGUGCUGUACCCUCCCAGCCCCAGCACGACUUUUCCAUUUCCCCCCUGCACAGCAGCCUGGAGAGCUCCAACCCCAUCUCAGCCAGCUGCAGCCAGCGCUCGGACACCAUCAAGAGCGUGGACAGCUUGGCUUCCUCCCAGUCCUACUGUCCCCCCACCUACAGCGCCACCAGCUACAGCGUGGACCCCGUCACCGCAGGCUACCAGUACAGCCAGUACGGACAGACAGCUGUCGACUACCUGGCUAAGAACGUGAGCCUGUCCACCCAGCGGAGGAUGAAGCUCGGGGACCACUCGGCCGUGCUGGGGCUGCUGCAGGUGGAGACGGGACAGGCCUACUGAGGACCCCGCCCCCGGCCCCGCCCCCGGGCCUCUCUGCUCGCCCCCCGCCGCCUUCCGUCGUGCUUCAUCGCGCCUGGACUCCACGUCCAGCUCGCCCCAAAGCCCGGCGGCGGCGGCGGCGCCGGUGGACGGACGCGCGGCGCGUGGGAGCGAGGCUUGCCGGGUGCGACGGGGCCCUCCUGGAAACGGAACUAAACUUUUCAGGCCACCGGGCAAUUUGCGGGCGUCCCUUCCUCCUGCCCCGGCCCCAAACCCUGUUUUGUUUCGCUCAGAGGGCCAGACAGGACCUCGGCCGACCUACAGCGGGUCGGCCGACUUGGCCCGGGUUUGUCUUUGUCAUGGCUGCGGUCCAGCACACAUUUAGAGCCAUCAAUAACAUGUACUUUGACCUUGCUGUUCAUAGUAGUUAAAAAAGCCAAUAUCACUCGAGCGACUCUUCUUCUUGUUCCUUUUUGAUAUUGUUCCUAUUACUGUUGCUGUUAUAUGAUUAUGGUUAAUGUGAUUUAUGUUGUUCUUUGAUUCCAUUCAUAUCUCUUCUCGCUGUUAGAUGUGUUGGUGUGUAACGCAGUGAAUGACUGGGACACUGUGGGAGCGAGCGUCUGUGUGCGUGUGCAUGUUUGUGUGUUGGCACAGUCACACGGGAGAGGAUGAUUGUUUUCCAAGCUGCUGUUCCUCUGCCUGUUCCCUGAGCUCUAAUGUUCGUGAGUGGUUUGACCUUCCCACUUUCAUACUCAUCUUGACAUUCCAAAAGAACUUGGCCACUCUGUGGGAAGUCUGGCUGGAUGGAUUCUGCAGGGAAUUUAAGCAGCGUUUUGGCCGCCAGUAGCUUUCCCCUUCUAACCUCCAUCCCAUCGUUAGCCGCAGUCCGUGGGGAGGGGGGCAUUGUUUGCAAAAACAGGAUUGGGGAAAUUAAUGUAUUUUGUUUAGAAAUAUGGACCUUGCCAAAGAGGGCUAACUCAACUCCUCCCCCUUCUGCUUCUCCCAAAUCCCAUCUGCCUGUGAAUCCUGUGCGACUUAAACAGUGUAAAGCAGAUUAAAUCACACAGAUAUAAUGUCAAAGCUAAUUCACAGUGACCCUUCCCAUUACAAGACACAACUGCAGCUUUUCUACGUCAAUUAGCACAAUGUGUCCACACACCUUCCUCGGGUGCCGCCGGGUUUCUGCGUUGGGACCACAUGAGCAUUCCUCCCUAACAUUCCUCAGGCUCCAUUUACAAAUAUACUAUGAACAUUCCAGCGCUUUCUGUUAUGAGAUUAAAAAGUCCACAAGCUGUGCCGUUCAUAUGCACUCUGGAAAAUCACAUAAUCCAGUCACCAGUGAAAGGGCACAGGUAACAGCCCCCCCCCCCCUCUUUGGUUUGGACCGGAGCCCCUCUAAUCCUCCACUCGGACGAACUCACAGAGCUGUACAAAAAGAAGAAAAACAUUUAAAGAAUAGUGAAUAUGACACAUUUGUAUAGCACUCAUAGUUGACUUGACACGAUCCAGGACCAGCCGACCCCUUGAGACGUUAGUUUUGUUUUUUUCUCAUUGGCAUCAGUGUGAUAUUGAUGAUGUACAUAGAGCUGUUAACUUUAUCUCAAGACAGAAUUUGGUCCUUAGUCGCCUUUAAAAACUGAAACCUGUACAGUAGCUGGAGCAGAUUGUGUAUUGUUUGUUUAUAAAGAGUAUGUUUUAUACUAAAACAAAACUAUGUUGAGUGGUAGGUAAGCGAGGAUCUGUGGAAGUAAAUGUUUGAUUUGAGUUUCCUUAACUGGCUUGUUUUUGUUGGUUUUAAUUGUAUUUAAUUGGUUUAUCUGUUUCGACCAAAAGUUCUUUUUCUGUUUUGGGCCCAGGUAAGAAAUGAAUUUGUAUAAAUUAGUAAAGUAUAAAUUCCAUAAAAAAUAGUACAGUUGAAAUCAUUUGAAAAAGGAUCCAAGUGAGCUCGAUGGAAAAGGAAAGGACCACGCUGUAUAUUUGAAACGGUGGCUGGAUGAAACACAGUCAGACGCUUGACGGGUGGUUCUGAUCACCCGGUCUCACCGAGCGGACUGGGCCGUGGACGCGACGCGCCUGAACUCCUGAGGCAGCAGCUCAGCUCAGCUCAGCUCGACGACGAUGAUGAUGAUGAUGACGAAGCUGGUGAACGCAGCCUCUCUGCUCUGGCAAACUGACUGGAGCCACGUUUGAAAGGUGGACCAAUAAGACUUCAGCAGAAGUCAAAGUGACACUGACUCCGCACUGAACGGCAGCAGCUCCAGGUGCUCUGCUUAGACGCCUCACUCAUGUAUAUUUUAAAAAGGAGGAAUUUUAGGAUUGUCUUUAGUGUAUCAAACCCAUUUCUAACACUUGCGUCAAUAAACAUUUGGAUAUUUAAAACAUCCCCUUCCUGUCUCUUUGACCCUUAAACUGUUUAGUUGCUUUCUGACAUCUGUGCUUUGCUUUGCUCCUUCUUCUGUUCCGCAUGUGUGUAUAUUAUCAUGGUAUAAUUUAUUCUGCUGUAUGAAGUAUUAGAGUAGUGGGAAACUUGUAUUGGUAUUUACUACCUUCAGCCUGUUGGUGUGUUUACUGUAACACUGGCUUAACUGUUAUCAAUUAAAGAUCCAAAACUGA